CCUAGGGGAGCUCCCGCCCUCCAGGAGGUCUCAGAGCGCCCCUCCCUCGGGGCGGGUCCACCUCCUCCAGCUCCCAGAGCCUGCAGGCUGCGCCACCGCCGCCGCCUCUGCCAGGAGCGGAUCACGCGCUCUGCGCAGCCCGGCCGGCCCCCGCCCGGCACCAUGGAGCGACUGCUGCGGGCGGAGCUGCGCACCGCGACGCUGCGGCCCUUCGGCAGCCCCGGGGCCGGCUGCAUUAGCGAGGGUCGCUCCUACGACACCGACACGGGCCCGGUGUUCGUCAAGGUCAACCGCCGAGCGCAGAGCUGUUUGAGCUCAGGACCGUAUUCGGACAUAGGCCCGGCAGAUGUUCGAGGGGGAGAUGGCCAGCCUGGAGGCCCUUCGGAGCACUGGUCUGGUGCGAGCACCUCAGCCCAUCAAGAUUUUCGACGUGCCGGGAGGAGGCGCUGCCUUUGUGAUGGAGCAUCUGAAAAUGCGGAGUCUGAGCAGGCAGCGACCCUCGGCGCCCAGAUGGCUGAGCUGCAUCUUUACAACCAGAAGCUGGGAAAGAAUUGGAAGGAGAAGGAGCACACAGUGGGCCACAGAGCAGAUGGUGAUCAGCCCCCCUAUGUGACCAAAUUUGGAUUCCACACAGUGACAUGCUGUGGCUUCAUCACACAGGUGAACGAGUGGCAGGACGACUGGGCCACCUUCUUUACGCGGCACCGGCUCCAGGCACAGCUGGACCUCAUCGAGAAGGACUAUGCCGACCAGGAGCUUCGGGAACUCUGGGCCCGGCUCCAGGUGAAAAUUCCAGAUCUGUUUAGUGGCCUAGAAAUUGUCCCUGCCCUUCUUCAUGGGGAUCUUUGGUCAGGAAAUGUGGCCGAGGACGACGCAGGUCCCCUCAUUUAUGACCCAGCAUCCUUCUAUGGCCAUUCUGAGUUUGAAUUGGCAAUUGCUUUGAUGUUUGGAGGGUUCCCCCGGUCCUUCUUCACUGCUUACCACCAGAAGAUCCCUAAGGCUCCAGGCUUCGACCAGCGACUGUUGCUCUAUCAACUUUUUAACUACCUGAACCACUGGAACCACUUUGGGAGGGAGUACCGAAGCCCAUCCCUGACCACCAUGAGAAGGCUUCUGAAGUAGCAGCCAGCCGCUUCUCCUGCUUCACCCAGUCUCUCCAAAGGUAGUGGGGGCACCCGGCCCACAUGACUUCAGGUACUAAUAAAGCCAGAGAGCCCUCAGGGCAUCCACUGCCAGCUUCCUUUCCCUUG